GGGGUAAAAUUUGUCUCUGUUGUUUGUUUGUUUACAUAUUUCUGCUGCAGGUUCAAUGACAUGUAAUUAAUAUGCAGCAUAAUUUUAUCAUUUUAUUUUUCUUCCAAAAAUAUUAUUGUCUAAGAUUAUCUUAAAAAGCAGCGAAAAUGCCAACUUGCGUUAUUUUUGGCUGCAAAAACAGACCAGAAAUGGUCCAACAAAAUAAAAAUCUUGCACUGACAUUCCACAGAUUCCCUAUUAUGAAUCCGGAACUCAUGAGUUUGUGGAUGAAAUCGAUUGGAAGCGACAACCUGAAAUCACCAAACAGUCCAAUCCAAAAAAGCUCCAUUGUUUGCUCUGACCAUUUUGAGACGAAAUGCUUCAAAUUUGCGGGUAUGAGGACCAGGCUCUUGGGAGAUGCUGUACCAACCGUUUUCAAGAAUUCUCCAAACCCUGCUGUGGCGUCUAUGGGAGUCACAACCUCUGCUUUGACUGAAUCAAACAUUCAUGACUUGAAACUGAGAAGAAACAUAAGGAGUGUCAAAAUAGCAAACAUUGAAUCUGCUACAAAAAAGAUUGUGGAAGUGCCUGGUUCUCCACUCAUUCACAGUGACUUAAAUCUCAAGAGCCUUCCGUCAAUAGAACAGGGGAAAAAGACCUUUGUGUUUUUAACGAAAAAUUCUAGUUCGCCGUCAUUCCGAGGGCAAAUCAAUGUCCCAGCCAAGAAGAUGCAACUAAACUCGUCAAUUAUUUCUAUAACAGAAGGAUGCUCAAAUAUCAGCAGAACUGGCCCAUGUAUUGAUGUAUCACCAAUGGAGGAAAUCACAAAACCAAGCCUUGUCUGUGUAGUUGGGUUAAAUUCUGAGCCAAAUUUGAGAGUUCUAGAUCAAUCCACCUAUACAGACAUUAAAAAAUUAGAUGGAUUAUGUCGAGUUUGUCUGAAAUCGACGCCGAUAAUGACGCCCAUAUUUGAUGAUGAUGGCAACUCGGAAUUGGUCAGCAAAAUCCAUAGACACCUUUCUAUAAGGGUUUCCUAUGAUGAUACUCUGCCCUUGAAACUUUGUAGCAACUGCGUUCAAGCAUUAGAGGCAAUUGAAAGACUAAGCCAACUCAGUUAUGAAAAUGAGUUGAAAUUGAGGCUUUAUAUUGAGAGUAGCAAAGAGGCUGCGGGUGAAAUGUCAAACGCUGCACAGCAAACAGAGUUGCCAAUCGUAGCAUUGAGAGAGGAGACUCCGAAAGUAGUCGAGAUUUCUACCAGGGAAGAAAAAAAGACUUUUGUUUGUUCGGAUUGUGGAAAGAGCAGCUUGAAUUUCAAGUCCUUUGCCAGGCACUGUUACUCAGUGCACAAGAAGAAGAAAUGCAAGUGGUGCGACACUUUGUUUGCCACCACUGAAGAGAUGAAUGCUCACAGAAUUGAAGCUCACGGCUCGACUUGUGAUUCAUGUGGCAUUAAAUUCAAGGGAAUCAACACAAUGCUCAAACACAUCAGGAAAGAGCAUCCUGAUUUUAAGGCCAACAUGUGUGAAAAGUGUGGCAAGAGCUUCAUCAGCAAGUACAGUCUGGCUGCACAUUACGAGACCCACAACCUGACCACCCCCUAUCUUUGUGAUUCUUGCGGCAAAAGUUUCAAGAGCAAGCAGAAGCUGAGGCACCACAAAUGUAAUCCUGAUGAUGACGAGCAAGUUAGGAGCUGCAAUAGCUGCCAGAUUUGUGGCAACACUUACACUUUCCGUUCGUCACUUCAGAGGCACCUCAUCCGACACACUGGAAACAAACGCUUUCAGUGUCACAAAUGCGCCAAAAGUUUCUAUGGCGCCGUCAACCUGCGGAACCACAUGGUGGUGCAUGAAAAGACCACUGUUUACGAGUGCCAGAUGUGUUGUGCAAGGUACUAUCACAAGAGAAACAUGAUCACACACUUGAAAGAUAAACACUCUACACAGUGGCACUACAAGUGCCCAUAUUGUGUGCACUUAUUUGCCUCAAUAGAUGAGGUGGUCAAGCAUAGAGAUGAAAUGCACGACUGCCACGAGAGUCCCGAAAUUGGCCUGCAACAAAAGGGCCCGACUCCUUUUGAGGAAUUCAGAUGCAAAAUCUGUGACAGGCAAUUUGAGAACAUUUAUGCUUUGACACAUCACUUCGAGGAGCACGUCAUACACGGCCCUGAGGAUCUAAACAUAAAAACCAUUGGUGUGGAUGGCUUGCUGGAAUGUGCUCUCUGUGGCGCAAACUUGACCUCGACCUGGGCCAUGCGCUGCCACAUCAAGAAGAGUCACCUGGGCGUCCAUCAGAGGGAACUGCUGCACACUUGCGACCACUGCGAAAAACAAUUCGCCACCAAGAGUCAGCUCAGGCGACACAUCAUGCAGCACACUGGAGAGAAGCCCUUCCACUGCGCCACCUGCAACGCCGAGUUCAGAAGCAGCACUGCUUGCAAAAUCCACAUGCGCAUCCACACUGGAGAAACUCCCUACCACUGCCAGAAGUGUCCGAAAAAGUUCCGAAGCAGUGCCAUUUUAAGAACUCACGAAGUCUUCCAUUCGAAACCCUUUGGAUGUGAACUUUGCCCUCAAAGAUUUUCUAGCAAGCUAUUUUUGAAAGCGCACAUAGAUACGCAUGGAAAGGAGGCAGGCGUUGGUCAAAAGUUGAUCGUCUACAAAUGCCAGUUUUGCAAUUUCAUCAGCAAAAGUCGUUCAAUGGUCAAAAAGCACGAGGUUAUCACCCACGCUGAAUUGGAUGAAGAGGCAGAAAGUUCCUUUGAGCAAAUCACAGGUUCUGAAAGUGUACCCGUCGAGCAGCAGGAAGACGUCCAUACUGAGUUCAGUUCUACAGUCCAAGCUACGUUUUUCACUCUGUGAGUGUCAAUUGAACAAAAUAAAAAGCUAAAAAAUACGAAAACCUUAUUAU